CUGUGUUGUCUGCUCCAUCGCAUUCGCGGCAAGUAAGCGUGGUUAGGCGGCCUAGACAAGAUUUUUAGUGGAUUCCUCGCUAACCUGCACUAAACUACACCAAUUUAUUAACAUUAGUUGAACAGUUCGAUCGUGUGUGCGUGACUUUGUCAGCAAACACAUUUCUCGGUAACACAAAUCCUCCAAAAGAGUCGGCCUUUCUUCGCCCUUCAUUGUCAUCUCGCGCUUAGAAACUUCCAAGUUUGAAAUCAGUCAUGAGCAGCGGUGAUGGCAAGAAACGGAAGAAGAAUUACUACAAGUCAUUCGCCAAAAAGCGCAAAGUGGGCACCCUGGAAACCGACAUGACGGGUUUUCUGGUCACCUACGAGCGAAGCGAGUUCCAGGCCGCGAAGGACUGCUACGAGUUGCUCAACGAAUACGCCGACAAAAUCUGGGGCCCUGAAAAACCGGAGGAGAAAGACACCCAAGCGUCCAUCGAAGAUGACAUAGCUGCGGAGCUCAGUGAGCUCAAGGAGUCCAAAGACAAAGUUCGCCGCUUCCAGAAGGUCAAAACGGACGUGGCUGGAAACUUCUUUGUAACGACUACAGUGGAUGACCCUGGGCGGUUGGUGACAACCAUCUUUGAGGACCUGAAGGCAAAGCACGAACAGCGCAGCCGCUUCAUCCAGCGCCUGCUGCCUGUGCAGACAACUUGCAAGGCACAUCUGGACACCAUGAAGAAGACAGUGGAGACUGUGCUCGCAUCCUAUGACGACUCGGCCUCGCCCGAGGUCGCUUACUUGGUCGCUGGAAAAAUUCGUCACAACAGCAGCCUUCAGCACAACCCGAUGCUUCAGGAGAUAGUGCAGGUGGUGAAGACUGCCAAGCCUUUGUGGACGGGGGAACUGCGCAAGCCAGACCUGGUGCUCAUGAUAGACGUGUUGCACAACAUCUGCUGCAUCUCCCUGAUGCCUCGUUACCUGGAAUUCAGGAAGUACAACCUCCUGGAAGUGACAAAGCCACAGCCAGACUCAGAGGUGCCAAAGGAGCCGUGUGCUAAUGUGCCAAAGGAUGACUUUGAAGGCAAGGAAGAAAAGGCUGAUGAGAAAGCAGUGUGUGAAGAAAAUAAGAAGCCCUCUGAUGCCGCCAAAGAAGAUUCAACAGAUGUUGCACAAGCAGCAGAGAGCGAACCGGACAGUUCAUCAUCUAAUGGUGGCAGUACUGAACCCUCAACAAACGCAUCAGAAAAGGAAAAUGUGGGGUCACACAAAAUUGAAGAAGUUUCCAAAGACUGAGUCUUUUCUCUCAGUUUUAACUGCACUCUCCCUCCCCCCCACCCUUUUUUUUUUGUUUGCUGUGUGGCACACAAAAGCUGGCAUUAAAUGUUCACUGUCAU